UACCGUUAAAACCCUCUUUCUGUCUCGGGGUAGCGGCAGUUUGUGAAGCCCCCCUCAUUACUUUGACUCUCCCAGGGUGUGACAGGAAAAGAGAGCCAAGAUGUCGGAGAAAAAGAUGUCCACGAGUCGGAGGCAUCAGCUGAAGAGCUUGAUGCUGUCCAUCGCUAAGGGCUUGCUCCAGGCCGAGGAACUGGAGAUCCAGGAGGCCAGGCUGAAGUACAUGGAGGAACACUGCCCCCCACUGACCUUACCCGAAUCAAUGCAGGAACUUCAGGACUUGUGUAGGAAGUUCCAUCAGAAUAUCGAGAGGGUGGACGAUGAAAGAUACGACAUGCAAAGCAAAGUGGACAAAUGCGCUAAAGAGAUUGAGGACAUGAAGUUUAAAGUGAUUGAUCUGAAGGGCAAGUUCCAGAAGCCGGCCCUGAGGAAGGUGCGCAUGUCUGCCGACGCCAUGCUCCAGGCCCUGCUGGGCUCCAAGCACAAGGUCAACAUGGACCUGAGAGCCAACCUGAAGCAAGUGAAGAAGGAAGUGAAAGAGGAGGAUAAGGAAGCAGUUGGUGACUGGCGUAAGAACAUUGAGGACAAGGCCGGCAUGGGCGGCAGGAAGAAGAUGUUUGAGGGAGAGGCUUAGAUUCAUUCUGAUGCUGGGUUCAUAGUUGCCAUCUUGAAAUGCUCAUGCCGGCCGAAUGACACUGUAUUUGGACUCUCUCUUCAUUCAUACUCUUAUGUGUACAUGAUUAUCUUUUUUUAAAUUGCUGCAUUGUUGACACCGAUUAGUUUUUGGGGAUGAAGUCCUCUGUACUGAAAAAUUUUACCAGGAAAAUGUUACUCCGAAAUACAAUUCAAGGCUGACUUUUGCAAGGCUUCACUGUUAAUAAAUAAAUAACUUAAAGGAAUCUCAAAAUCUCAUAUUUUGUAAUUUGUAAUUCCAGCUUGGUACUCUUGGCCAGUCAGUUCUGUUCUGGAUGGUAGGUUUUUCAAUAGUGCUGUCCACACCAGAGUCAAAUAAGUAGACCCUCGAAAAGAAAAAAAGAGCGUGUGUUAACUUUAUAAAAUUAUGGGCAGUGGUGGAAUCCAAUAUUAUUGAGUGCAUGUGUUUUUUAAAAUAUUUUUUUCAAAAGUGCAUGUGUUUAUUGUUUGUGUAGUUUAUACAAAAACACCACUUUGUGAAGGAUAAACGGAAAUACCUGUCGUAGUUCGCAGGUAGUAGUUCAUUUCCUGAAAAUCUCCACGUGGGCAUGAUGACCUUUCCUUCCUACAUUACCGUGGAGACGAGGGGGCAAAAGAGCCGAAGUCCGUCCUGCGGCAUUAAAAUGCUUGGAGACUUGGCUGCAAAUUUUUGAUGUGGUAAAUAUUGAGUUUCCAAAAUUCUUUUUUACAUUUUAAAUUAAUUAUUUUAUUAAUACAUGUCUUAAUUUGAAGUAAAAUAUUAUAUUUUAAUUUUUUUUUGUGGCGAAUUCUUCCCUUAUCAUAUUUAUGAACGCGCUAUGCUGGGAUUCAAAACGUUUUCUGAAUGUACUGGAUGGAACGACAUAAAAGCACACGGUGGCGCUAAUGCCAGUCUUGCUUGGUAAAUUCCAGGAAAGAAUAAACCGAUUUCAAAAUCAACUACGCAAUAAGUGUUGUUAAACUUUUUUUUGCAAUUUUUAAAAACAGUGGUGUGAUUCAGCAGUGCAUUGAGGUUCUCACUUGAACGUUUGAUAACUUUGCGGGUAAGUGGUACAUUUUCCUUGUCGUAUAUUUUAACUGACAGUCUUCCUUUUUGUAAAUCCCAAUGCAUAAGAGAGGCUGCUAAGUGAAUAAUGUAAUGCGAUAUUGUGCUUACAAAUGGAAACGCCUUCAAGUCUGGGUAAGAUUCCUUUCGGACUCGUUUAGAUUAGACGCUUCUGUUUGCAGUUGUUUAAAUUCAAGGUGCAUGGAUAGUCAAUGUUUGAUACAUCCUAUUGUUAAUUAACUAAAUAAAUAAUCAUCUUCAGGAUAAAAAUUUGAGUAUCUUUCAUAAGUUAAAACUAAAUUGCAUUUAUUUUUAAAUAAAAAGGCAAGGAAAGCACAAGAAAACAGCUGUGAUAAUAUAAUUUCUGAAAUGGCUGAAAGGAAAUACCUACAUUUAUUAUGUAACUGUGUUACCCUGUAAGCGCCGUUUGGUCGUUUCAUUUGGAUGGAAUGACAUGCAUGUACACUUGCUCUUGUCUUUCAGAAUUCGAUGCUUCAGUCUGGCGACCGAAACCGUGAAGCGAUGUACGGAGCACUGCCCGCGCUGAAUAGCCUAUUUGUAGAAAUUACAGGGCAUGCCAGCGAUAUAUAUUUUCAGCCGCCAGGGCCGGAGCAGUCCUCCCGUCCGUUGGGAUCUUCCUCCUGCUGUCCGUUCGGUUCAUCCGACUCUCCUUUUUUCUCACAGGUGAGAUUCUCCUUUCUUUUUUCUCACAGGUUGUGAUAGCCAGGUACCGCCAAGAUGUCGGAG